CCUCGGUGUCCCCGCGCCCGGCCCAACCAGGGGCCCGCCCUCCACUCUUCCUGGGUUUUGGCCCCGCCUGCGUUUCCAAGCUGGCCCUUGAUAAUAGCGAGUAUCCCUGGAGUGAUUUCAACCCGCCAGGCUGAGAGCUCUGCGUAUUCAGGCAUUGAAGUUGGGGAGAAGAAGUGGGUGACUGUGGGUGACACGUCCCUGAGGAUAUUUAAGUGGGUUCCUGUGACAGACAGCAAGGAGAAAGAAAAGUCAAAAUCGAACAGUUCAGCAGCCCGAGAACCUAAUGGCUUUCCCUCUGAUGCCUCAGCCAAUUCCUCUCUCCUUCUUGAAUUCCAGGAUGAAAACAGCAACCAGAGUUCCGUGUCUGACGUCUAUCAGCUGAAGGUGGAUAGCAGCACCAACUCAAGCCCCAGCCCCCAGCAGAGUGAGUCCCUGAGCCCAGCACACACCUCCGACUUCCGCACGGAUGACUCCCAGCCCCCAACCCUGGGCCAGGAGAUCCUGGAGGGUCGUCGAGGAAGAGGAAGACUCAGGUGCCCCACCCCUGAAGCGCUUCUGUGUGGACCAACCCACAGUGCCGCAGACGGCCUCAGAAAGCUAGCACCGUCCUGGCCCUCUGCCUCCUGGCCCUGCCUCUAUUUAUUGCAUUCUGGUUCUGGCCGCGCUGCGUUGCUGGGGUAAGGGCAAGCACUGGGGUCGAGAGCCUGCACACAUGAGCCUUCCGGGCUGGAAGGCUGGCGUAGGACUUGGGGCUGUAGCAUCAUCUUCCCGUCCCUGGCACCUGUGUCUACUUGCUCCCGAGAAGAGGAGCGCUCAUGUCUUUUUUGCACCCCAAGGUGGCUGGAGCAUCGGCCACCCCAAGAUUCAUCUGUCACCUCCAGGCAGCAGUCUCUGCUCCAGAAUCUCUGGACAGAGCUGCUGGCAGCUUCUGCGAGAAGAGAGAGAUGUGGAAGUCACCCUCUAGAAGAGAGUGCCUCGGGUUACUUGAACUUGAAUGGAGACUGUAGACUCCCGGACUUUCCCCUAGGACUGGGGGCCCUGUAGGCUGCUGUUGGGGAAGGACUGGGUAGAGACGUUGGAGGGAAGGGAAGGGCUUUUCUCCACACAAGGGCAGAGAGUCUGUCUAGAUUUCUUGCUGUCCUGCCAGUUCUGCCCAUGCCUGAGGUGGUCCUGCCUCUCACGGGCACCCUAGCUGCUGACAGUCCUUUGUGGCCGCCGUCCCCAUCCCCUGCCCUCAGCACACACGUCCGCACACACAGCUUUCUUUGUUCUCACCUGUACCUGUCAUUCCAACAUCCCUGCCUCUUGCCACAAACUGCCCCAGCAAGAAUUUGAGGUUCUGACACAGUACCCAUCCCCCACAGUACCCCUUCAGCUCAGUUUCUAGAAAGCUCCCUUUUCUUUGAAAUCUGCAUGUUAAAUUGAACUUUGUGAUUUUAUUUUUUGUUUCAAAAAAGUUUAAGAAAAUGGAAAUGGGCAACAGUGAGUGAAGACAUAUUUUAGCACUGAAUAGAAUAUUUUUAAAAUUAAACUAUUUGAAAUAUG